AUGGACACGGCGGUCAUGGUGGAGGACAUGGUGGAGGACAUGGCGGUCAUGGUGGAGGACAUGGCCACGGUGGAGGACACGGUCACGGUGGGGGACAUGGCGGUCAUGGAGGUGGUCACGGAGGAGGACAUGGCGGUCAUGGAGGUGGUCACGGAGGAGGUCAUGGUGGAGGACAUGGCCACGGUGGAGGACACGGUCACGGUGGGGGACAUGGCGGUCAUGGAGGUGGUCACGGUGGAGGACAUGGCGGUCAUGGAGGUGGUCACGGUGGAGGACAUGGCGGUCAUGGAGGUGGUCACGGUGGAGGACAUGGCGGGGGACACGGUGGACAUGGAGGAGGACACGGUCACGGUGGAGGGCACGGUCACGGUGGAGGACACGGACACCAUGGUUAGGUUGCAUGAAUGCUGGCGAUGUGGCAACCUUUUCUGUCUCAUGCGAUAA